ACACUUGAACGAAGAAGACGUGGUCUUCUAUUUGCCGCACUAAGUCUUUUCUCAGUUGUUCAAGGCUUUAUACUAAGUCAUUUAUUUGUUUUUUGUCUGCCGCAUUGAUUUUCUUUCUUGAAAGAAAUAAAUAUUUUUUCUUUUACGACUAUCGUAAACUUGCACGAGUCGCGGACUCGUUUGUGGCAAGAUGGCGGACGACAAACAGAAAAAGAACUUGAGAAGCUCGUCGGUUGGUAAAGUUGAUUUGGGAUGGGAAGAUUUAAACCCAGCCUUAUUAGAGGAUAGUACCGAUGUUUAUACGGAAUUUUCUACCCAAAAAUCUAAGGAGAAAUGUGAUAAAACUCCGGUAAUGGCGAGUCAGCUGACGAAGUCAAAAAUCGCCUCGACUUUAGCUUCACCUUUACCGUCAACUUCUGGUUCUAAACUGCACGCUGGUCAGAGAAGCAGUAAAAAAUCUUCAAGAGAUUCAUCGACUCAUUCGACCGGCAAUACUGAAAUAAUAAAAAUUCUGAAAGACAUUCAGGAAAAACAAGGAGAACAAGCCGCCAGACUUGUUACCUUAGAAAAUCAAUCAUAUUAUGAUGAAGAAGAAUAUGAUGAGCAAUAUGAACUUGAAACUGACGAGGAAUCUUAUAUUGAUCCUAGCCAAAACCAUCCUGGCCAUAAACGGAAAUUAGGUCCGUCACCCUCAAAGGAUGAUUAUGGUGGUGAUACCGAGAAUAGGUUUUCAUUAAUGUCAAAACGUUUCAAACCGUCUGACUCUGUCGUUGACAAAAAUGUUGAUGUAGUACUGGCUAAUAAUGUAAAUGAACUUUUCAAAAAUGGUAUGAGUGAGGACCAGUACAAUGCUCUAACUAAGGAUGAAGUUACAGCCCGUCCGAAAAAUUGUGAUGGUUUGGUACUGGUAAAAACAAACCAAUUAGUAUGGGACAUUAUGACACCAGAAUCGAGGAGUUCUGAUCGGAAAAUGCAGGCCAUUGAAAGUUCGGUUAUCAAGUCUGCCAUCAUAUUGAGUAAAGCAGUAGAUUCUCUUGCAGAUCUAGCCGAUACUUCUAACUUGCCGAGUACAGCCAUACCAGAUAUUAUAGAUAAACUGAACGACAGUUUAGCCCUUUUGGGUCACUCAAACCGUCAAAUCAACCUUACUAGAAGGGACUUCAUAAAGGCUGAUCUACGCCCAGAAUUUUCGCACUUGUGUGCACAGUCACAGCCUUUCACCACUUUUUUAUUUGGAGAUGAUGUGCCUAAGUUAGCCAAAGAAAUAGCCGACUGCAGUCGCAUUGGCCAGAAAUUACAGAACUAUCCCCAAAGAAGUUCAUUUUCAAGAGGUAGACCCUGGAGAGGUAGAUCUAGAGGGCGAUAUGGAAGAGGCAGAGGUCGUGCCAUGUAUCCACAAGCACAAGCUAAUGUCAAGUACUCUACAAAAAACUACAGGCGGGGCAGUAUGCCCCAGAAUCUGAGAAGCAAAAGUCAAUAGACUCAACUAAUAAGAGAACAAGAAAGCUUACAUUGCAGAUGAGUGUUUAAGAAUUUCAAAGAAAGUUAAAGUUACUAUUCGUGAUUUGGCUCAUGUUAUUGGUCUUAUCAUAUCAAGUUUUUCGGCCGUAGAAUACGGGCCAUUAUUUUAUCGAAUUUUGGAGUCGAGUAAGGUACAGGCUCUAAGGGAAAAGCAAGGUAACUUUGAUAAUUUUGUUCUUAUCACACAUGAUAUGCAGUCUGAACUUGCUUGGUGGUAUACAAAUAUACAUAGUCAGAUACGCCAUAUCUCGCAUGGAAAUCCAAAUAUCACAAUAACAACAGACUCUUCCCUCCAAGGAUGGGGAGCUGUUUUGGAAUCUGUUGCUAAAACAGGGGGACAAUGGACAUGUUCAGAGAAACAGAAUCAUAUCAAUUAUCUAGAAAUGUUGGCUGUUUUAUUUGCCCUAAAAUCGUUUAAAACUCAUUUGCAGCCGUUUAUGCAUGUGAAGAUCUUGUGUGAUAACACAACAGCAGUCAGCUAUAUCAACAAUAUGGGUGGCAUGAAGUCUGCAUCUUGUAACUUGGCAGCUAGGAAAAUAUGGUUUUGGUGUAUAGACCAUAAUUUGUGGAUUUCUGCCUCUCAUAUUGCAGGAAAAUCAAACACUGAUGCUGAUCUCUGCUCAAGGGUUUUCAAUGACCGCACUGAAUGGAAAUUGAAGCCAUCAAUAUUUCAAUCUAUAUGUCAAAAAUUUGGCACUCCAACAAUUGAUCUCUUUGCUUCAAGGCUCAAUAAACAAGUGUCUUGUUUUGCAUCUUGGAGUCCAGACCCAGAAUCUUUAUUCGUGGAUUCAUUUACAGUUGAUUGGAAUCAAUUUGAGUGUGUAUAUAUUUUUCCUCCUUUCAGCCUAUUGGGACGCUGUAUCAAGAAGAUACGAGAGGACAAAGCUACAGGCAUAGUUAUUGCCCCUCUAUGGCCAACCCAAGUUUGGUUUGUCCAUCUAAUGGAACUACUUAUUCAUCCACCUCUACUGAUUCCGAAAAUGAAAGACUUGCUGAC